UUUUAUUAAGUGACUAAUCUGCGUAUUGAAUGAACACAAUGACAGUUUUAAUGCGAUUUUUGAUAAAAUUAGAAUUGUGAGGUCCCACAAACGAUUGUCCUAAAAUUGCUUCAACCCACCACCUAUAAAAAAAGUACAGUCAUUAUUAAAAAACUGUCAGUCAAAGACUAAGUUUCGACCAUGUUGGAUCAAUUUCUUUACUGAUCAUGGGAGCGCUCAAACAAACCGAAGAAGAAAAAACUCUACUACCACAAGACAUUGGAACGGAUUACACAUUCAAGCGAAAAAUCGUCUGGUUUAACGCUAUUGGAUUUUUUAUUCUUCAUCUUUUGGCCCUUUAUGGCGGCUAUCGGCUGCUACAUUGCCACAUCCUAACGCCGAUUUUCGCCCUAGCAUUGAUGUUCGUCUCUGGCGAAGGGAUAACCCUCGGUGCCCACCGCUUGUACUCCCACAAAGCCUUCAAAGCGUCUUUCAUGGUCCGAUUAGCUGUGAUAAUUUUGCACACCAUCGCCGGUCAGAAUUGUCUCUACAUCUGGGUCCGGGACCACCGCCAGCACCACAAGUACAGCGACACCGACGCCGACCCCCACAACUCCAACCGGGGCUUCUUCUUCUCCCACAUCGGCUGGUUGAUGAGCAAAAAGCACCCCGCUGUCAUCUCCAAGGGCAAAACCAUCGACAUGAGUGACCUGGAGAACGACUCGCUAGUCAUGCUCCAAAAAGAUCAUUACAAAUUCUUGUACAUCAUCUUUGCUAUCGGGAUACCAAUCGCAAUCCCGAUUUAUGGCUGGAAGGAGUCUUUCGUCAACUCGCUUUUUAUUAGUUAUUUCGCAAGAUAUAUCCUUCAGUUGCACGCGACUUGGCUGAUCAACAGUGCUACCCAUUUAUACGGGACCAAGCCCUACGAUAAGUUUAUGAAUCCGGUGGAGAAUUAUUUUAUUUCAAUGAUAGCUCUUGGGGAAGGCUGGCAUAAUUAUCACCAUGCCUUUCCUUCGGAUUAUAGAGCCGCCGAAUAUGGUGUUAGGUAUUCAAUAACCACUUUUAUUAUUGAUGUUCUUGCCUAUUUCGGACUGGUUUAUGAUUUGAGAGAAGCCAACUCAGAACAAGUUAAAAUCAGAGCUGUAAAAAAAGGAGAUGGAACUCAUCCCGUUUUUGGAAAGAAGAAGGAAAUGGAAGUUAAUAUUAGUGAUAGACAGGUUACGGCAAAUGGGUAGGAAGUAGCUAGUCGUGUAUUUUGUACCAAAUAUUUAUAAAGACUAUGUAUCUUGUGUGUUUAUAUUGUUAAAACCAAAGCUAUACUCAAAUAAAUGGAAUUUGAGGUUUUCGUUUUCCUUA